AUGUCUGUGACAAGCAAAGAUGAACCGAACAAAUUGGCUCUUGAUGUGGGUGCUUGGAUGUUCAAUAUUGUCACCUCAGUUGGUAUUAUUAUUGUCAAUAAGGCAUUGAUGGCUUCAUACGGUUUUACAUUCGCUACAACUUUAACUGGUCUACAUUUUGCUGCCACAACCACAAUGACCCUUGUCCUAAAAAGGCUCGGUUACAUUAAAAGCUCCCCUCUUCCAGUCUCUGAUCUCUUGAAAUUCGUCUUGUUUGCAAAUUUCUCUAUCGUGGGAAUGAACGUGAGCUUAAUGUGGAAUUCCGUGGGAUUCUAUCAGAUUGCAAAGCUAAGCAUGAUACCCGUAUCGUGCUUUCUUGAGGUUGUUUUGGAUGGCGUUCGGUAUUCGAGGGACACCAAACUGAGCAUUUUACUGGUCCUAUUGGGUGUUGCCAUCUGUACAGUCACGGAUGUGAGUGUUAAUGCCAAAGGAUUUGUUGCGGCUCUUAUUGCUGUUUGGAGCACGUCCCUGCAGCAGUAUUAUGUUCAUUUUCUACAAAGGAAGCAUUCCAUUGGCUCUUUCAACUUACUCGGGCAGACAGCACCUCCACAAGCUGCAUCGUUACUGUUGGCAGGGCCAUUUGUUGACUACUGGUUGACCGAUAAAAGGGUCGAUGCCUAUAACUACACCUACAUAUCAACUAUGUUCAUCGUGUUGUCGUGUGCAAUUGCAAUAGGUACCAACUUGAGCCAAUUCAUCUGCAUCGGCCGAUUCACGGCUGUCUCGUUUCAAGUGUUGGGUCACAUGAAGACCAUUCUUGUCCUGACGCUCGGUUUUCUUUUCUUCGGUAAAGAGGGUCUUAAUGCCCAUGUGGUUGUGGGCAUGAUGUUUGCCAUAAUCGGGAUGGUUUGGUACGGUCAGGCCUCGUCCCAGCCUGGGGGCAAAGAUCGGCCCAGCUUGCCUCCAGCUGGCGAAAAGCCCGAAGAGGAAAUUGGGCUCGUGAAAUCCACAGAGGUCGACGAGAAAGUAUAG